AUGUUUGUUAGCCAACUAGCCCAACCACUGGUAUGGCUGGGUUUGGCGACCAUGAUAUUGGCUGCCGACUCUUCCACAGCUGAGACCAUCACUACCCCGACAUCUGAUGCAGGAUCAUCAUCGGCAGUAACUUCAACAACCCCCUCCUCGACCGGUAUCACGACCCAUACAGUCCAGGUGGGACCUAAGUCAAAUCCGCAUCAAUUUGUCCCAGCCGCCAUAACCGCCAACGUGGGCGAUAUUGUCGUAUUUGAAUUUUACCCAACGAACCAUUCCGUCGUAAAAGCAGAUUAUGAGGCUCCUUGCGUGCCAGCAAGCGGAACUAUCUUUUAUUCGGGUGCCUUCGUCAAGUUUGAUCUGCAGGAUGGACAAAUCGUCGGACCACCCCCGACUUGGUCCUUGCGAAUUAAUGAUACCGAGCCCACAUUCUACUAUUGCACUGCGAUAGAUUCAUGCACGAAGAAUGGAAUGGUCGGAGCAAUUAACGCGAAUACAACUCAGUCAUGGGAAACGCAAUACGCUAAAGCACUGACGUACCCUUUCAUGUUAGUCCCAGGCCAGCCCAUGCCCGCUGAAGGCGAAGGUGGAGAUUCCAGUGGUGACAGCAAAAGCGGUGAUGAUAAGCAUGGGCUUAGCGGGGGAGCUAUUGCAGGUAUCGUCGUUGCAGCAGUGGGCUUCGUGGCCAUUCUGGUGGCACUUUUCUUCGUUCUCGGCCGCAACCGUGUGUACUCACAGUGGAUGUCCUCAGAAGAUGGCCGCACAGAACGAACCGCACGAUGGGCACUGUUCAACCACGGCGACCCAUAUGCCAACGGGAAAAGUGAAGUGGGAAGCACUGUUCCUACGCAAAAGCCAGGCCAUAUCGACGUCACCGCCGUCUCUAGUCCAGAUCCGAAUGUGCGCACAUUUUCACCUGGGGCAGAAGUUGUAUCCGGUCCUGGUUCCCCAUCAACGCAGCAGGGCCACUGGAGCUGGAAUGAGCCUCCUCAACCUCCCCGUGCAAGUGCGGUCGCCACAGAGCUGGAGGGUCACCCUAUUAUCUGGGAGGUGCCAGGCAGCACUCCAGGCAACAAUCCAGGCAAUCGGUUCUGA